CCCGGUGGGAGGGCCGCACAGAGGCAGGCACACACCAUGGGGCGCCUGGAGCUGGCUGUCUUGGGCCUCACUUGCUGCUUGGCAGUAGCGAGCGCUGCAGAGCUGGGCGUGGUGUACACGGAAGGAGGCUUCGUGGAAGGCGUCAACAAGAAGCUUGGCCUCUUUGGCGACUAUGUUGACAUCUUCAAGGGCAUCCCCUUUGCCGCCCCCACCAAGACCCUGGAGAACCCCCAGGAACACCCUGGCUGGAAAGGGACACUGAAGGCCACCGACUUCAAGAAGCGAUGCCUGCAGGCCACCAUCACGCAGGACAACACCUACGGGGAUGAGGACUGCCUGUACCUCAACAUCUGGGUCCCCCAGGGCAAGAAGGAAGUCUCCCAGGACCUGCCUGUCAUGAUCUGGAUCUACGGAGGCGCCUUCCUCAUGGGGGCCGGCCAGGGGGCCAACUUUCUCAGCAACUACCUGUACGAUGGGGAGGAGAUUGCCACGCGGGGCAAUGUCAUCGUGGUCACCUUCAACUACCGCGUUGGCCCCCUGGGCUUCCUCAGCACUGGGGACCCCAACCUGCCAGGUAACUAUGGUCUUCGGGAUCAGCACAUGGCCAUUGCGUGGGUGAAGAGGAACAUCGCAGCCUUCGGGGGAGACCCCAACAACAUCACCAUCUUUGGGGAAUCAGCCGGAGGUGCCAGCGUCUCUCUGCAGACGCUCUCUCCCUACAACAAGGGCUUCAUCCGCCGAGCCAUCAGCCAGAGCGGCGUGGCACUGAGCCCCUGGGCUGUCCAGAAGAACCCCCUCUUCUGGGCCAAGAAGAUCGCCGAGAAGGUGGGCUGCCCCGUGGACGAUACCUCCAGGAUGGCCAGGUGUCUGAAGAUCACCGACCCCCAUGCCCUGACGCUGGCCUAUAAGAUGCCCCUGACAGGCACAGAGUACCCUGCGUUGCACUACCUGGGCUUCCUCCCUGUCGUCGAUGGAGACUUCAUCCCCGAUGACCCUGUGAACCUGUACGCCAACGCUGCCGACAUUGACUACCUCGCAGGCACCAAUGACAUGGACGGCCACAUGUUCGCCGGCCUCGACCUGCCAGCCAUCAACAAGAACAAGGAGGUCAUCACAGAGGAGGACUUCUACAAGCUGGUCAGCGGGCUCACCAUGACCAAGGGGCUCAGAGGUGCCAAUGCCACCUUUGACGUGUACACCAAGCCCUGGGCCCUCGACGCAUCCCAGGAGACCAAGAAGAAGACCGUGGUGGACUUUGAGACCGACAUCCUCUUCCUGGUGCCCACAGAGAUGGCCCUGGCCCAGCACAGAGCUAAUGCUGAGAGUGCCAAGACCUACGCCUACCUGUUCUCCCUGCCGUCUCGGAUGCCCAUCUACCCUAGCUGGGUGGGGGCUGACCAUGCAGAUGACAUCCAGUACGUGUUCGGGAAGCCCUUCGCCACCCCUCUGGGUUACCAGUCCCAACACAGGACGGUCUCCAAGGCCAUGAUUGCCUAUUGGACCAACUUUGCCAGAACUGGGGACCCCAACACGGGCCACUCAGCCGUGCCCACGCACUGGGAUCCCUACACCCUGGAAAGCGGCAACUACCUGGAGAUCAACAAGGAGAUGGAUGGCAGCUCGAUGAAGGAGAACCUGAGGACUGACUACCUGCGCUACUGGUCCCUGACCUACGAGGCGCUGCCGGCGGUGGCCAGCGAGGGGACCGUCCCUGCGCCUCCGACGGGUGACUCUGAGACCACCCCCGUGACCCCCAUGGGUGACUCUGAGGCCACCCCUGCGCCCCCCAUGGGUGACUCUGAGGCGGCUCAGAUGCCCGUAGUCAUUGGUUUCUAA